AUGGGGCCUGCACCGUUCGUGCUACCCGGUUAUGCCUGGGACGGCACUCGGUUCUACAAGUCCCUGCCCGGGGCGACUGCGACGUUCCAACCCCCACCGCAUGCCGAAACGGAAUCGCGCGGUUCCACCUCGUCAUCGAACCAUAGCGGCGGGCGCCUCAAGCGUGCCAAGAAGCACCACGCCUCGCAGCCACGCAUCCCGACCUUAGACAUUCAGGAUGCAGGAUCGACCAGUAGACUGAGGCACAUGGCCCUUCUCGCUCCUGGGCAGCAGGUGCUGAUGAAACAGUCAGUCUUUCGCACGAUGCACCUUUGCCGGCCGAGUCGGGAGCCGUGUCAUGAGCUCGCACAUGGGCCUUGAGAUCCGUUCGGCAGGACUGGUUGACCAGAAAGGACUAAGGUCGCAUUCUCCCUCAACGGCUCGUGCAGUGAUCUCGAAUGCCUUUCGUGGCGACAUUACCGCUCAAGCUCGGUCGUCGUUCCCGACUGCCUCAUGAUGGACGACACCAUCACCGCUAUCAGUAUCGACGACGAGAACCCCACCACCUUUCGUAUCGGAACACAAGGCGGAAGCAUAUCGUGCGUUGGGAUCGAUCGCUCGUGGGGCCAAGAAGGCACUGCCAUGGUCAUGGCCACCAUCCUCAGCUGACCCGACGCCUUGCGCAAUUUUUUCUCCUCCUUCCUCUGCACAGCACCGGGAAUCUCGCUCGUCUCGAUGAUCCCGACGGCUAUUACCCACAUGACGAGAUGGGGUGGCGGCCGAGUUGGGUUUUCGCCUCUCGGAUCACCUCCCUUGCUACGUGCGGAUCCCGUUUCCUGUAAGUCAAGUUUAAAGACAUACACUUGGGCCUUCUCAGUUGACCCGGGGGUCGUCUUCAAUUCGCCGACUUGACUGACCUCGGGUCGCUGGUCGCACAUGAUGCAGAGCAACUUGCCUCGGCCCCCCCCUGCAGCGGUGGUCUCUCAAACCAACGAAACCAUUUCUCUAGCGUGAGUGGAGUAGCUACAUCCGCUACGACCGCUCAAACGUUUAUCGCCGGUUCCAAGGACUUACAUGCCGCUCGGCCUCGCGCUGCUGUUCUCGCCAGCUCUGUCACUUUGUCCCCUCGCAAAACUUCGCUUUGGACAUCCGCCUUAUCUCCCUCCCUGAUAGCCCUGGGUCAGUCCGUUCGAGAAUACGACAGCUCUCCCAUGCUGUCGCCGAAGCUCAUCUCCCCACCUGCACCCAGGCUGCGAUCGGAAAGUUUUAAUCUCCCGAGACCCGUCUCACGCAGCGAUGAAUGGCUACUCGACUGGUGGGCGGCACGGCGAUGGUGCGGUGUUCGCCCUCGAUCUCGGCGAGGUGAGCUGCACCAAUACCCGUGAACCCUGUGUUUUUCUAUCACGAGACAAGGUUUGCUGAACUUGUUGGAGAGCUUUGUAGAACAUGGUCCUCGCGGGCACGAGAUCAGGUCGCGUCAAGAUCUUCGAUGUCAGGUCUCCCUGCUCGGCGGAGAUCAAUCGAGAAGAUCCUACAAGACCCGAGGUCAGUUGAUUUCUGACAGCGCUCCAACUCGAAUAGAAAAUUACACGUGGCUGAUGCAUGUGUACUUCUACCCAGCUUCAACUUUCAUUCACAAGCUCCGUCACACACAUUCGGAAACUUUCUUGCCACUCUGGCACGACUUGGGAGGAUCCCCGCCAAGUGCUCGUCGCCACACUGGACGGUCACCUCCAAGCACACGAUCUGCGCUUCGCCACAUCGAGUCUCUCGGAUGAAUCCCGCUCGUCACCUUACAAAUCUUUAUCUCGCUCCGUUGCUAUGGAUCUCAAGGGGCACGUCAAUACAGUCUCUCGCGAGUUGGGACUGGCGCUCUCCCCGAAAGUAA